UUUGGCAUACGAGGAAGGAAUUCAGGGAUCGGAAGAGGCUCUCUAAACAAGGUUACCGGGUUAGAAGUUCUUCAGUUUCUUCUCAGUUUGCCUGACCUUUCAACUCAUCCAAGAUGGCAUCCGAAGGGGAAACGAACAACAUUGGAAUUAACUCCGACCUGGUCACCCUCAGACGAUACCUCUCUAUGGGCCAAACGAGUGGAACAUACUACGUUGUUAACAAAGAACCCAAAGAGAAUCCCCUUCCAGAAUGCACUCAAACGAUCCUCGAGGAAGGGCGUGGAGGGGACAUUGUCAAAGAACUUGUAAGGUUUUCUAAGGCCGGGCACGUGCUCCAUGAGGAAUCCUACAUGAAAGUAUUGGUAUGCGUUGCAAGGAGCAAGGACACGAGUGCCAAGAAGGCCGUCUAUAAUGAGCUGGGUCAGCUGUGCUCGACGGCGUCUGGACUCUUCCGGUUUGUGGACGGGGUGGAGAAAGGGGGAGAGGGGACAGGCUGGGGACGUAUGCAGAGGAAGGCAAUAUGCAAUUGGUAUUGUAGUAAAGAUGGUCAGGAGUUAGCCAGACUGGUGACAGGGUGCAAGCAACGGGGUGGAUGGUCGCAUCGAGAUCUCAUACGACUUGCUCAUGUCAAACCACCCGCAGAAGGUUCAGGCACAGCUAUUGUGUUGAAGUACAUCAUGCGUGGGUUGAAGAACGUCUUGGAGUCCCACCCCAGCGAGGGGGCGGACGACAGCACCCGGGCCUUGACGGAGUUCCUCAGGGAUGUAGAUGGUCUCCGUAAGGAGGAGGACUUGGAGAGAGUCGCAGGCCUGGUAGAGAAACACAAACUCUCGCCAGAACAUCUUCCUACCAAGAGCCUCAAAUCAAAAGAUGUAUGGAAAGCCCUAGUCCCUCACUUGUCGGUCCAGUCCCUACUGGAUAACAUCGUGAGACUAGCCUCAAUGGGUCUAUUCAAACCUAAGAGUCCCGAGGUCGACGUGAUAUGCAGGCGAUUGCAGACUCCCAGCGCUCUGUCAGAAUCGCACGUUCAUCCGUUCAGUGUGCUGAUGGCGCAACGUAUCUACCGCUCCAAGAAGGUGGAGAAGACCAAGGCCCACUGGGAGAUCAACAAGGAACUAAUGAAAGCCCUGACAGAAGCUUACCAUAAAGCCUUUGAGGUCUCGGAAAAAACAGGCAAGCGUUAUCUUCUGGCCGUAGACGUCAGUUCAUCGAUGGCCCUGAGCGGUGUGAACGGCACCAGGAACAUCGCCGCUAGAGAGGCUGCCGCCACCAUAGCCAUGAUGAUCGCUAAGAAAGAAGAAGAUAGUCGUGUCAUGGGCUUCACUUCAGAACUCAAGGAGAUCCCCAUCACUGCUAACAUGAAGCUAGAAGAUGCCGUCAAGAAGAUGGGAGAGCUUUCGAUGGGUCAAACAGACUUUGCUCAACCGAUGCUCUGGGCAGUUAAGAACAAGAUCGCUGUGGAUCAGUUCAUCAUGUGCACAGACUGCGAGACCUUCAACGGCGAUGUCUCGGCGGCCGACGCCCUCGCUCAGUACCGCCAGGCCAUGAAGAUCGAUGCCAAGGUUGCCAUCGUUGCCAUGACGUCCAACAGCUUCUCCAUGGCAAACGCAGAUGACCAAAGCAUGCUGGAUAUAGCAGGCUUCAAUGGCCAUGCGGCCAAACUCUUACAAAGCAUGGCGCUGAAUUUUCAGUGAUGCAUGUUAUAUAGUUCAAAGAGUGCAACAAUAUUUAUUAUUAUUAUCAUUAUGUCUUGAUGCUUUGAUGUAUGUCAUUCUAUUGCGAUGGUGGCACACAAAAGAUAUCUUCCUGUGGUGCUACUGGCAGGAGACCACACGUUACCUGGGGGGCGUUUCACAAAACUUGUCAUCAGUGAAAAAUGACAGUUUUUGUUAUAAGCUACUGAAAUCCUUGCAUCUGAUUGGUUAUCAGCAGAUUUGUCGCUGAUUUUUGUCAUUUGUCAUUGAAAAAAGGCUUUGUGAAACGGGUCCCAGAUCUACUCCAUUUGGGUUCACAUUUAUUGCUAUGCCAAUCUAAUACAAAGAGUACCGGUAACAAUGUUAAAAUCAGUCUAUCCAAGUUUGUCAUUUUUUUGCAAUGAAAUGAAGCAAGUUUACAUAAAUGUACUGUGCAGUCAAUUACUCUUGAAUCUAUUUUAUACAGAAUAUCACUGUAUUAAGAGAUGAAUUUUCACAUGAACUUAUCCCAUUUUUUUCUCUUUUUUUUUUCUGUGUUUAUUUCAAAAUUGGAAUAAUGAAUUGCUUAUUGCCACUGAAUUGAGUUGUUGAAAUGUACUACCGGUAAUCUACAUUUCCUUGAUCCAUGCUUAAGCUCCUCAUUAUAUUGUGGACAAUCUCUUACCUGAGAAGCUACAAUUAAAUUUGAAAUCAGUAUUAUAAGAUGAAAUCUAUUUUUAGAUGUGAUGAGAUCAUAUGAAUAGAAAUUCCUGAACCAUAUUAGUUUCAUACUUGUAAUUCAACAACAAACACAAGUGUGGAGAAAAGAUAGGUUACUCUCACUCGACUAUCAUGGUGAUGGUUUAGAUGCUAUCAUUUCUCUUGGAUGCCAAAGUACUUCUUUCUUUUUAUUGCAACCUGCUGCAAAGUGGGGAAUCUUUUGUCUUCUUAUUGACUUAUACGCUUCAGUUUCCUGAAACGAAUUGAUUUGUUACAUCUGUGGCCAAAAUUCUCAACGACAAAAAAGACACACAAACAAGGGAUUUCAACAAACCGUUUUUUAUGUUACUCAUAAUUUAUUAGUAUAUUACCUUGAUCCUUUGGUGUUUUUAUUGGGAGGAGGGGGAAGGGGGUUGACAAAAUUAUGCAGUCUCAAUUCAAGACCCUAGUUGAUUUUAACAUUGAAUGAAUUUUUCUCGAUUUCAAUGUUUCCCAAUUUAACACCCUCACAAUGUACAUGUAUGAUGCAAGAACCAUAACAGUAAUAUUGAAGAUGGUAAAUAGUAUAGUAUUAUAUUAUUGCUAUCAUUAUGAUGAUGAUUAUUAUAUUUUUUUAAAUUAUACAUGUAUUCUACAAAUGCAAGUAGAACUGUUUUGGUAUAAUAUGGAAGGUCUCAUGAAAUCAACUUGAAUAAUUUUGCAGAGAGGCAUUAUAAAUAAGACAUUCGACCCUCAUUCCCAACUUUUAAGAUACACAUCCCGGAUACUGACCUAACAUGCUUUUUUUGUGUGCCAAUGAAUAGAGAGUUGUGGUUGUGGUCGAUUCUACCGGUAAGCCGAAAAGUAUAUUGUGCCUUGUUUUGGUCAAGAAGAUUUGUCAAAAUAUAAUUCCAUUUUUUUAAUUUGGCUGUGCCAAGGAAGUGGAUUGCUGUUUUUGAAAGUUAUCUAAUUUACUGUUGCAUACACAGUUUUGAAUAAUUGACCAAAACAUUUGAAUUUCGUGGUCCUAUUUAAAAAAUUUGGAUUGACGUAAAAUAAAAUAAUGCAAUUAGAUUGGGCAUUUUUUUUCAACUUUGAAAAACCUUUAUGUAAAUGAUUUUUUAUUAAAUGAUGCAGUACUUUUAAUGUGUUUACUGCAAAUGAUAAUUUUUAAAAUUGCAGUAGCCUGUGUAUAGUUGUUUGAUAUACUUGUAGAUAUUGUGUUUUUAUUGCGGCAUUAUGUUUGCAUGAUUGAUAAUCAAGUUUCUAAAUCUUAACCUUAUAAAUGAAGUAAAGUACAUGUACGUUUGUAAUUCAAGUAAAUUAUGCAUGCAGGAAUAGCCUGAUGUCAGGUAAAGUUGAUAAGUUAAUCUACCAGUAAUUUAACUUCUCUAUAGAGGGAGUGUAUGAGAUAUCGGUAAUCCUACAUUUUAAAACGCUUUUAAAAAGAUAUGCUGCAAGUUUGAUGAAGAGUUUGUUAUUUGUGUAGUACACAACUCACCUACAUGUAGCAGAGACAUAUAUUCACCAAGCAUAAAUCUUGUAUUUAAAGAUAAAGUUAAGUACUGGUCAUGUGAUUGCAUUGUGAAAAAAAAGGUGUGGAAUGGAUCAGAAAAAUUUGAUCAUGUAGCAUGUAAGUAUUGGUGUGUACUGCAAGGUUCUGGAGUCAUCAAAAUCAUAAUAAAUUUGGCCCAGCCUUGGUAAAGGAACAAGCACUUUACACUGAAAGAUGUGGGUCUACACAAA